CCCAACCCCUCUGGUAUACUGGCAAAGUGGUGUGAAUGCAACUCAAACCGCGUCGCUUAAAACUAGUCAGACCCAUAACCCCGCCAAUUAGGCAGCUUGUCUGCAUUCUCAUAAUUUAGUACCACACAGCGAGAGAGAGAGAGAGAGAGAGAUGGAGGAGGAAGCGGCGGUGGGAGAGGAGUACUUGUUCAAGAUAGUGCUGAUUGGCGACUCUGCAGUGGGCAAGUCCAACCUUUUGUCCCGCUUCGCUCGCAACGAGUUUGAUACAAACUCCAAGGCCACCAUUGGGGUGGAGUUCCAGACCCAAGUGGUGGAGAUUGAUGGCAAAGAAGUCAAGGCCCAGAUCUGGGACACUGCUGGCCAAGAGCGCUUCAGGGCCGUCACCUCUGCUUACUACAGAGGCUCUGUGGGCGCACUCGUUGUUUACGAUAUUAGCCGCAGGACUACCUUCGACAGUGUCAACCGCUGGCUGGAUGAACUCACCACUCAUUGUGAUAGCACUAUGGCGAGAAUGCUGGUUGGAAACAAGUGUGAUUUGGAGAAUAUUAGAGAAGUAAGCGUAGAGGAGGGCAAAGGGUUAGCAGAAGCAGAAGGACUAUUCUUUAUGGAGACAUCCGCACUGGAUGCUACUAAUGUUCAAACUGCAUUUGAGAUUGUUAUCCGGGAGAUUUACAACAAUAUCAGCAGAAAAGUCCUCAAUUCCGAUUCUUACAAGGCUGAAUUGUCAGCAAAUCGAGUAAGCCUGGAUAAUGCCACAGCUUCAUCCAAGCCAAGUAUCAGUUUCUCUUGUUGUGCUAAAUGAUAUCUAUAUAUGUUGUUUCAGUUUUACGUGCCGUGUUCUUUUCCCCUUUUUCCCCUCAAAUAAUUAUUUAGUUUGUCUCUCCAGUAGCCAGUUUAUUUUUAUUGGUUCUGGAGCUUUCAUCAAUGAAUCUUUAUAGACAAGUUUGUACUUGCAA